UAAAAAUAUACUCUUUGUUUACUGUCAAUUGGGAAACUUUUAUUAUUGUUUAGUCUGUGGUCGAAUUGAAAAUAGAUAAGUAGAUAGUCUUUAAUAUUAUUGAUCUAUAGUGCAGUUUUGGCGAAUACUGUGAUUAUAUUAUCGAAAUAUAAUAGUGUUUGACAAUAGAACCAUAAUAGUGUUUAAACUUAUAAUUUCAAUUAAUUAAAGUCGAAUCUCGACUACUGCGGGGCCACUAGUUAUAUUCAAAGCACGUACGAUAACAUGGCGUCUAUCAUUCCCAUUCGUCCAAUAUCAGUCAAUGCUCAGGCGUCGUUCUGACGUCACUUUAGUUCGGAACUGCAACGCCAGACGGCGUUAUGUUAUGUUAUUCAGGAUUUAGAUUUUGGCUCGUACACACUGUUUUUUGAGGAGAAUAAAAAAUCGAAGCUAAUUUCUUUUAAUUGUGGCAUUGUCGUGUUGUACCAUAAUAUAUAGUAUAACAGUAAAAGUACUUAUACUAAUUCUGCUGUUUUUAUCGGAAUUUCAAAUAAUCUCAACCCAACCGGGAUGUCUUUGAAGAAUAGGUUAAUUGCAUGUCUACAAAAACUAAAGGAAUACGAUUACACUGACGUAGACAAGGCAAGAGCUAGUGACGCGAAGGCCGAGAAUGCCCUCAACUUAAUAUACCAGACCGCUUUAAAGAAAACAACUUUUACAACAGAAGAGAAGAAAAUUGUAGGUUCUCUUUUAUUUGAUGCCAUCACACCGAUACAAAGCAACAUAGAAGGAACGCUCUGCGAAUACAGAACUAGAUUAGAUACCUCUGUGCUUAUGAAAAGAUCUGCAAUACAAUUCUUGAUUGACGAAUACGGGAAGUUUCCAGUUGAGAAUUCUAUCUUGGCUACAAAGUUAGAGGAAGCCGGCAUAGCAGAGAGCGUUGAAAUACUCAAUGAAAUUAUAAAUAGGUACUGUGAUAUGAGCGAUUCUGACGAGGGCUCCAGCGACAGAGAAUCGGCGGGAUCCCAAGAAGUACCAAGGUCGCACAUUUGGUGGACUGCGUGAUAAAUCAGCUUGCAACUAUACAGGCAGAGUUGACGUAUCAAUUAUCUUGCUAACGACAUUAUUCAUAAAGAGUUGACAUAGGUAACUAAAUCGAUAUAAUACAAAAUGAAUUUCAUAUCGAACGUACUGGAUUCGAUUCCGGUUGUAGGCCACGUAAAAGGAGUUGUACAUUAUGCCGUUGGAGAUACGGAAGGAGGCAACAAUUCUAUGUAUCAAUCUACAAGGACAUCGGCGGUCCUAGCAGGAGGAGCAGUUGGAUGCCUCGCAGGACCGGCAGGAGCUGCAUUGGGAGGCGUAUACGGAGGCAUGAUUACAGACGGCUUGGUUUCUGCGGCUAAGAACGAGCCUGUAGGUAUUUUUGAGUCAAGUGCAAAUAUAGGUAGAGACAUUGCUUCAGGCAAAAAUCCAAUGGCUUCUGUGGGUUCCGCAAGUUUCAAAAUCGCCAUGGACGGUAUAGGUGGCUUUGGCAUGGGAGGAGUUUCUAGCGUUGCCAGUAAAGUCCCGGCGAAGGCCGUCGCAAAAACCAUAGAAGGCACUGUAAAAAAAGCUGCUGCAACUAUUGGGGAGGAGAUGAUUGAGAAGUCAGUGCAAUUAACUGCAGAAGAAAUGACAAAAAUUGUGGCAAAGAAAGUGUCAGAAAAAGCCGUGAAAAAAGCUGUAGAAACUGCAGCAAUACAAACACAAAUGCUUCUGGUAUCUGCGCACGUCGGAGUAAAUGCUAGUGAAAAAACCAAAGCUGAAAUGCGUGCUGAAGAAGAACGUAAACAACAGAAACAAAAAGAAGAAGAAAAAAAGGCGCGUGAAAAUGGCGAUAAAAAAAAUACUGGAUCGUGGCAACCACCACGCGAGAACAGAAACAAUAAAGAGUCCAAUGUUGAUAAUGAAGAGUCCGACGAGGAGGUAUUUGAAAAGUUCAUGAAAUUACUUAAACAGCUCUUGAAGCUUCUCUACGGCAAUAACAGCGAACCGUUCACAAGAAUUUUCGAGAAUUUAUCACCAGGCCAAAUAGCGUAUUUGGUGAAAAUAAUCAGAAACCUUAACUCAACUGGAAUUUUACAGAUAGUGUUAGAUUUUACAUUAAAACUGUUUAAAUUGUACUUUUCUAAAGAUAUCUCAUUCACAAAUAUCCUGAGUAUGUUAGAAUUCGUCGCAACUUACAUUGAAGACCAGUUGUAUUUUAUGACCAAAACCAAAGGUAAGCCGACUCGUCAAUCAGAUGCCGACCGAAAUGAGCGUCGAAGGAACGCCAUCAAAGAACUUCAAAACAAAAGGGAUAUAAUUCAGAAAAUUGCUGAUCUAUUCAGACAUUUACAAGCGGAAAUCAUAGCUGAAACGAGCGCGCCUAAUAUAAUUUCCCCCUAUUUUCGUGAUAUAUUCGCAGCUGUGUAUCAUUAUUACAAACACAGACGCGUGCCCGUGCCAGGCCAUGAGAAGCUGACAGUCAAACAAUAUUUCGACUUGAUAAGGAUGGUAAUUAUAAAAAUGAAAGAAUCACCGGAAUACAAAAAAAUGCAGAGGGCCAGAAAUGGAACGACCCUCACUUGUGAAAUGUACGUGGUCUUGUUCGGUAGGAUGUUCAGAAUUAUUAUUACUGUUCGAGAUGGUGAAAUUGUAUUGAGUACCGCCUAUGUAGUCAAGCGUAUGAACUUUAAUGCCAAAGAAGGCAUUCUUUACAUAAAAUUCGAUGACGGAGAUGUACAGCAGUAAUAACCUCAAACUUCAUUUUAAAAUAAAAUAAAAUAAAAAACAAAAAAAUAUUGCUGUAGCAGCUUUAUAAAAAAAAAAACCUCAUAUUAUUAUACUUAAUGUUGCUUGAUUCAUUUAAAGUUGUCAAAAGCAUUUAUUUUUAAGUUGCGUUUAUUUACCUUGGUAUAUUUAUACACAGGUAUAGUAUAGUAGGUUUAUAGGUACAUGUAGCUGGGUAUAUAUAUAAUAAUAUGUUUAAGUAAGUUUGUAUGUAACGAAAUCUAUCACGUUAUUUUUGCCAACUUGAAAACGUCCGAUUAACCUGAAAAGACCGACUCGAUCGAAUUCUUCGAUUACGACGAAGAGCGAAUUAUUCCAUGGACACAGCCCACUGAGUUUCUCGCCGGGUCUUUUCAGUGGGUCGCGAUUCCGAUCCGGUGGUAGAUUCUGCAAAACACUGCUCUUGCUAGGGCUAGUGUUAGAAAUUUCCCUGAGCUUGAGCCCGUCCGCGCGUGUCUGUAAUAGACGCAGACUACCAGCGAAUAGGUAGAGAAUAAAAACAACAGGAAUACAAAAAAUAUUAAAUUCAUUGUUAGUUCGGUUUGCUAUUUAAACGUGUUUCUUUUUACUUUAUUAAAAUUGCUAAAUAAAGUCAUGUCCACUUAUUAAUCUCCAGA